AUGCACUGUGCGCCGUCGACGUCCGGAUACAGCCCAUCGUCGUCGUCCUCGUCGAAGUACACGUUCAAGGAUCCGCUGUGGUACGUCGACGACUACGAUGCGGAGGUGUGCGAGGCCCGAGAAGCGGCGAUGAAGUACACGUACGAGCUGUACGUUUUGGACGAAGUCAUGCUGCGGAGACAAAUGGAGUUGGUGACCGUGCACUGUGCGCGGAAGGUCGGGAAGGAGGAGAAAGAGGCACGCAACAUGGAGUGUCUGCUGUACAGAAGUUACUGCGAGAUCCGCGCGGAGCAGAUGAUCGGGAUGGACGUGCGGGGACGGCUCGACACGUUCCGGGCUGCGAUCAAGGCGUGCACGCAUAAAGGAUACCUGUGUCCGGGAGUCGAGGGUGAUCUCUUGUACGGAGCGGAUUUGAUGAAGGACGGCGCGAAAGCUAUUAGGAUUGACUUUCUGAACCGGUUGGAAGAGACACAGAAGCACGAGCACGAAUUGGGAGAUAUGUACGUUUCUUUUAGAUUCAAUUUGUUCCGAUUUGACUCUAACUGUAUUUUGGGUCCAAGUUUCACUAGGAAAGUUUUUUAAUUGGCACUUGAGAAAAAUCCGAAUAGCUUAAAAUUAACCAAUUUUCUUUCAGAGACUUGAUGCCCGUCGAAAAAAUCGAAAUGUUAGUUGACGAGUACCUCAAAGUGGAAGAAUUGGAGAUUCGAUUGGUCCAAUAUCAGAUGAAAACGAAUGUGAAUGUGUCGGUGGAUCCGCCGGAAGGAAUCACUCCGAUCCAGCGGCAGGAGUGGAACUGCUGGCGGUUAUUCGCCCAAGUGAUCCCCGUCGACGAAAUGGGAACCUUCAAACUGUUCCUGGAAUUCCUCGAGGACGCCAUCGAGACGUACACCAACUGGAAGCCGCAAAAGCCACGCAAAGAGACGGUCAUCUUGCUCCGAGCGGGUCUUGCGGUCGUCAAGGGGUUUAGACGUGUUUGUGAUACGUUGUGUACCGUUUAAAUUUGUAUUUUACUAUAUAUUUGCUGUAUUUAUAUUUAUCAGGACAUUUUUCCAACUAAUGAUAUUCACAUCGAAACAUUAACCGUAACCGGCCGAUUGGAAGUCAACCCUUUUCUCGAACCGUUUUAUUGCUGAAUAAAAUUCGUUGAUCGCAGGUUUUAAAGCAUCGGCGAUAGAAAAGAAGCCCUCGUUUAGUGCGGUGAGAAGCUCUUUUCCAUUUUUGGAAAGUGUCAAUAUGAAGUGUGUCGUCGUAGGAUUGAAGUUGCAGCCGAAAGUUUGUACACUUCUCACUACCGUUUUUGUUUUUGUAUUUUUGGUGCCAGGAAAGAAGCCGGUGUUUCACUGCAAACAUUUGCCUCGCACGCUUACUAAAAAGUAUAACGCAUUUCUGAAAACAUAGGCUCCCCAAUCUUGAACACGUCAUUCCGUUCCAUCCCGCCCAUCUCGGAGUGCUACGCCUCUCCUGUGCUGCGAGAAACGUUUAUUUGACGUCUUCCCUCGUUAACCCGAGAUGUUCAUUGUUUUCCAGAGAAUGGGCCGAUGCGCGUGUCAAAAGUGGAAGUACAAGCAUACUUUGAAAUUGAUUCGCAACUACAACAGGCUCAUAAAGACCGAGCAGAAGACUCUGGAAGCCAUCGAGCGUCGUGUGGAGCGAAAGAGCCAGGCGAUCAGGUAACGAGCACUGGGAGAGCCUGCGAAAUGUACGAGUAUUCAGAAAAGAGUGGGAAGAACUGCUGAGAGACUAUCCGGAAUUGCUCGAAUAUACGUCUGAGUCGGACCGUAAUCUCGUCGAACAAAUGUACAAAGACGACAUUGAUUUGACGAAGGGAAUGGGCGAGGCGAGGAAAUUGGAUUGUAUGAAACGGCAGAAGAAGUACAAGAGGAAGAUGGAGAUACUGCGGAAGAUGCGUCGGCUGGAGGUACGCUCCGAGUCGAGACACCUUACUUCCACACAGAUUGGACAGUACCAGACGUAUCAGAUGGAUCUGUGGGAGGUAUCGGACGCUGAGUCCGAUUCGGAUUCGGAUUCUGAUUGA